AGAAUUUUUUCUUUGUACGUUACCUUCUGUCGAUACCAGCUAUGUAAAAACUGCAUUUGGAGUUAUUUAACUAUGGAACUACUACUUCUACUGAAAAAUGAACAUUUCCCCUAAACUUCACGUUUGAUGUUUGAAGAAUGAGCAUUGAAAAAAAUGGAUUUACCCAAAUUUUGACGUUUUUAUUUUGCUUUGAACUUGUACAGCAACAGAUACCGGUUGAUAUACUUUAUGUACCUUAACCAGAAGACUGAAUGGAUACUCCUCUCAUUUCUGUUUGAGAAUCAUGGAAAUUCAGAAAGAGGAGUUUGUUCUGGAAGUUGGUAUACCUGAAGGUGAUUGUCAAGCUAUGUCUACCAACUUAAAAUACCUUUCUUUGAGCAUAUUAGUCUUUCAGACCACUAGUUUGGUGUUGACUAUGCGAUAUUCCAGGACACUGAAAGAAGAAGGGCCUCGCUAUUUGUCUUCAACUGCAGUGGUUAUUGCUGAACUUUUGAAAAUUACGGCUUGCAUUUUGUUGGUUUACAAAGACAGCAAGUGCAGCUUGCGAACUCUGAACAGGGUGUUACAUGAUGAAAUUCUUAAUAAACCAAUGGAGACUCUUAAACUUGCUAUUCCUUCUGGGAUUUACACUCUACAGAAUAACUUGCUCUAUGUUGCUUUAUCAAAUCUAGACGCAGCCACUUACCAGGUCACGUAUCAGCUGAAAAUCCUCACAACUGCAUUGUUUUCCGUGUCAAUGCUCAAUAAGAAAUUAGGUGUAUAUCAAUGGCUUUCAUUAGUGAUUCUGAUGGCUGGUGUUGCAUUUGUACAGUGGCCAUCAGAUUUGCAGACAGCAACAGCUAAAGAACUUUCAGCAGGGUCACAGCUCGUGGGCUUGGUAGCGGUACUUAUAGCCUGCUUUUCUAGUGGAUUUGCUGGAGUAUAUUUUGAAAAGAUUUUGAAAGAAACAAAACAAUCAGUAUGGAUUAGAAACAUUCAGCUUGGAUUUUUUGGUAGUAUAUUUGGAUUGAUGGGCGUAUACAUUUAUGAUGGAGAACUUGUAUCAAAGAAUGGAUUUUUUCAAGGUUAUAACAAGCUUACUUGGAUAGUUGUAGUUUUGCAGGCACUUGGCGGCCUCGUUAUAGCAGCUGUUAUAAAAUAUGCAGACAAUAUUUUAAAAGGAUUUGCAACAUCAUUAUCUAUUAUAUUGUCAACGUUAAUUUCAUAUUUCUGGCUUCAAGAUUUUGUCCCUACAAGUGUGUUUUUCCUUGGAGCUGUUCUGGUAAUAGUUGCUACUUUCUUAUAUAGUUAUGAUCCAAAGCCAACAGGAAAUCCUAUUAAAGCAUAACGGACUUUUCCAUGUCACAAUAUUUUGUCAAUAUUGUGGAAAAAGAACUUCUAAAUACUGUUGGAGGAUUAUCAGGCACUGAAAGAGUUUAUACUGUGUCAGAAGAAUGAUGUGUAAUAAUUAAAUUUGCAAAACAACUUCUGUAAAAGAAGGGAAACCCAGAGCAAAACUUGAAUGGAUUGCUUCUAGAACCUGGAACUAGAAAUGCUUCCAACUUGAACUCUGAGGUUAAAUCAGAAUGGUUUACUAUUUUCGACAGCUGCAGAAAUGUCCUAUGCAUUCUUCUUGCGACAGCACAUGACAGCAUCUGUUAAAUCGUACCUGUUUUUGAAAGUUAUUUCAUCUUUUCUAAUUUUAUAUGAAUGCAGAUCUGUACACAUACACACACACACGUUUCAAAUCAGAGAGAUGAAACUUUGUCCUAUGUCCUCUGGGUGUGUUGGGAGUUUGGAUUCUAUAAUCUGCCAAAUAAUAAAUUCACCAGGCUGGCUGGAAAGUUAUGGAAUCAAAUGUAAUAUCUGGUGGGAAGAUAUGUUUUGUUUUGGGAAGAAGGUUUGAUGAUGAUGAGGCUUCUGAUAAGUAUUCCUGUUCAAAACCAAUGAAGUAUCACUGAAUCAUUGUUUGUAGAUUUAUAAUAUUUUAUAUGAAAAUAAUUCACUGAAAUUGAUGUUGUAAAAUGUGCUGAUGUAAAUGUCUUAUAAUUCAUGGUGAAUUCUCCAAGAGGAAGAAUUUUCAUUUGGAAGCUUUGUGUGAAUGAAUGCCACAAGCUAUAUUGCUGCACCAUUCUCAGUUUUUAAAAUGAGAGCCUCCCCAAUUAGAAGCAGCAUAACUACAGUAUCUGGUACUUGUUCUACAUUAGAUGAAUGUCAUUGUAAAUUGCCAUAACCAAUAAUGAAUAUGUGUCUAUUUGUUCAGAGAACAAUUUCUUUACUUGAUAAGAUCAUUCUUACAAUUUAUGGACAGUACAUUUCAUUGCUUACUAUCUUAAUUUGAAAAUAUUUUUAAAAUGUAUUUUUAAAAGUAGCCAUAUAACUCUAUAAAAGUAUUAUAGUUCCUUUUGGAGCCACAGUAGUAUAUUCAUGUGUAUAUAAUGUACUAUAAUAUAGAGCUUUAAAAAAAAAUCUGGAAAACUUAUUUAACUAAAGUGGCUCUGUCCAGUCUUGAAAUUCCAUUGUUAGAAUACACGCUAAUUGUAUUAACCAAGAAAUGAAGAAUGUUACUGUGCAAUAAAUAUUAGGCAUGAAUUGUUCAGGUGUGUCAGCGGAAAUGGCCAUAAAGCCCAAUGGAACCCUCGCUGCUCUUCAUUGAAUAUAAAACUUGAAAUUUCUUCUAAGGUUGGGUCCAGGUAAUUGCUUUUGAUGCAGAAGAGCCUUGUUGGCAGUGUGGCAAAUCUUUAUGAACUCAAAGGGCUGUAGUCACACCAGUAGAGAUGAUACCCAGACUAUUUUGAAAUAUUUAAAUAUGUUCAGAGAACAUAAGACAGCAAUAGGCUCCGUGAAAGCAGUUUGUGUACAUUUGCUUGAAUAAUGAUAAUACGUCAUUGAAAUCCUCAUGGAAAUUGCUGCUGAGAAAUUAUGAUUGUAAUUGUGGAAGUCAUACUGGCACUUUGUGAUCCAUGCAGACGUCUGGAACAGCUGUAGGCCAGUCUGUCCUAACUGCUUAUAAAAUAUAUCACAAUAAAAUAACGUCUAUCCUGCA